GGGAGAUCCCUCGCCUGUUCGGGCACUCGUUAAUAGCCCGAACUGCGAGUUCAGACUUUACGUCAGUUCGACAAGAAUGAGAAUUUUCAAACUUACCUUCUUGCUACUUACCAUCUUAGUGAUUCUCUCUGCUGUGGACGUUGGUGAAUGCGGAAUCAAAAACUUUUUCAAAAAAAUUGGAAAGGGUUUCAAAAAAGUUGGAAAAGCAGUCGUAAAAGGGGUCAAGGCGAUUCCGGGGAUCCUUGGAACAGUGAAGGAAGUUCAAGAUAAUGUGAUGGAUAUUAAAAAUAAAUGGAAAGAAAUUAGAGGAAAUUGAUAUUUUGUGCUCGAUUGUCGAUAAACCUUGGUAGUGUGAUUCA